ACUGUAAUUACAUGGAAGUUGAUCUCGAAAAAUACAUGGAAGCUUCCAACAACAAGGGGCAAGAGAAUACUGUAAUUAUAAAUUAAGCAAAUAAGCUAUCCUUUCUGGCAAGAGACAUAACUAAUGAAAAUGGAAGCAACUGGCGAUCGCUAUGAAGGGAGAAUGAGACUUCUAUACGAGGCAUCAUACAGAGGGUGCGUUUCAACUUUGAACACCCUAAUCCUGCAAGAUCCUCUGAUCUUGCACAGAAUCAACUCGCGAACCAUCUUUAUGGAAACUCCCUUACACGUUUCAGCUUUGCUUGGCCACCUUGAUUUCACAAAAGCCCUUCUUUCUCACAAACCCAAAUUAGCCAUUGAGUUGGACUCCUUCCAAAGCACACCUCUCCACUUAGCUUCUGCAGAAGGCCACAUCGACAUAGUGAAGCAGUUGUUGCAGUACUGUGAUGAUGCGUGCUUGGUUCUUGACCAAGAAGGGAGAAUUCCCUUGCACUACGCUGUUAUAAGAGGGAGAUUUGAGGUUGUUGCAGAGCUUAUUAGAGUAAAACCUGAGUCUUUGAGGAUCCUUGACAAGGGUAAAACUAUUUUCCACUUUUGUGUCACGUACAACCACUUGGAGAUCCUCAAAUCUUUGAUUGAAUUGGCUAUUGGCGACACUUACGAGCUCCUCAAUCAGAGAGACAUGGAUGGCAAGAACACCAUUCUCCAUUUGGCUGUUAUGUCGAAGCAAGUUGAGACGGUGAGGUAUCUCUUGUCAAUUCCUGAAAUAAGAGAACUGUCUAACAUGGAGAACGGGAUGGGUUAUACGGUCCACGAAAUUCUUGAGCAAAUUCCGCAGGACUUGAAGAGCCUUGAAAUACAAGUGAUACUGAUGAACUCUGGCAUUAACAGUACCGAAAGGAGAGAAGUGAAGGAUCGUGAAGGCCCAACAAGUACUAAUGUCGGCCAAGGAAUGAGACCUCGGAAGAAGUGGUGGAAAAAUAUUUUGAAGCACAUGGGAAAAUGGUUUAAGUAUAACGGUGAUUGGUUUAAGUCUUGUGGCUACUGUCAUCUCGACCAUAACCUUUCAAGCUGUAAUCAAUCCUCCAGGAGGCUUCAUUCAACAAGCUUCAUGAAUUACAAUACCAUAUCCUUCGUUGCAUCUCUUGGCGUUACACUUUUGCUUGUGAGUGGAGUUCCUCUCAAGAAUAAACUUGUGAUGCGGAUUUUAUCAAUAGGCAUGAUUAUAACUCUCACGUCCCUUGCACUUGCCUACUCUUUUGCGCUCUACAUGAUAACCCCAGGCCUAUAUUAUUGGAGUAAAUCGACUUCCGAUGUAAAUGUCAAAGCCUACAUUAUUUGGAUGGUUUUGCUUGGAUUCAUUGGUCUAUACAUCAUAACCUACUUUUUCAUAUGGGCAGUCAAGACAUGCAUGAAGAUGAUCAAGCAUCUGACGUCAAUAUGUCCAAGGAACAGAAACGAAAAUGCCAUUGGUUGAUGUGAUCUCAAUCAAUAUGUGUGUCUGUUGGGGGAGUAGCUAGGUUGUCUCACGCUUCUAGAUUGAAACGUGGGGUCACACACGUUUAUACAAUAAUAUGGAAAGAGAGGGAGAAAGAGCACAAAAUGAGAUCCUCAACUGAUUUGUGAUUGCUUCCUUCCCCUAUCAGUGAACAAAAUUGAUCAGACGAUCCUCUCUGGCAGAAUUUUAGUAAACAGUUUGAGUACUAUUAUUAAGUUCGUAUUUUUCUUAGAUUUAGUUCUCCUCUUAUAUAAUUUGUUUGUAAUUGUGUUGCUACUUUUUAUUUAUUUUUCAUAUUUAAGAACAGUAAACUUAAUU